AUGGCAAGUUUUGAUGGAAACAAGUUUUCUGGUUUGAACGAGAAGGUCAAACAAUUGAAAUCUUACUAUGACCGGGGUGGAAUACCAGGACUAGAAAGACAACUUAAGAAACAGUUAAAUGAAUGGAAAGAUGUUCACAUAAAAAUAGCCGUAACAGGGAGAUCUGGAGUCGGAAAGUCUUCUUUUAUCAAUGCUAUAAGAGGCAUAACUGCAGAUGAUCCGGGAGCAGCUAAAGUAGAUGUUAAGGAAUGCACUGCUAGUGUGCAAGAGUACGUAUACCCAGAUAAUAACAACUUCCGGAUAUACGAUUUACCUGGCCUAGGAACUCCGCAUUUUCAAACAUCAACCUAUCUGGCGGACGUUAAUUUUGAACAAUAUGACUUUUUCAUUAUCCUUACAGAAACACGGUUCAUGAACGAAGAUCUAUGGCUGGCUCAACAGGUAGAAGAGAAAGGAAAACACUUCUAUUUUGUUCGUUCUAAGAUAGAUAAUGACGUUCGGAGCGACAAGCGAGCACAUCCCAGGACACAUAAUGAAGCUGCUCUGAUGAAUGUGAUCAAAGAAAAUCUAGAGUCGAAUUUGAAAAUGUUUUCAAGAAAGGACAUCUUCCUUAUCGACAACUACGAUACGCAGUCGUACGAGUUUGGACGUUUAACGUCUAAACUGAUGGAAGACUCUAAUGAGAUAAAACAAGAUGUCUUAGCUUUUUCUUUGACAUGCCUUUCAAACGAAGUGAUAGAAGAAAAAAAGAAAACUCUUCAGCGAAGAAUUCCAUUGAUUUCUUAUUUUGCUGGUGCAUUUGCUAAUGUAUUCAAUCCUGCGAAGUCAAGAUUUGUAUUGAAGGAGGUACAGUUUUACGGCGAACAGUUCAGAGUCGAUACAGCAUCCUUAGUGGUUGGAGGGGUAGUGUGUAAUCUAUCAGAAGAUGAAAAAGAGACUGUUGCCGUCAUGAUGAACUCACAUGAUAAAACCAUGUCUGAAAAAAUGAGGCAGUCUCUGGUUCAUGUCAUCAAUUACAUACCUAUAGUUGGAAACAUUGCUGUAGGUAUAAAAUGUGCAAAGUACUUAGAGAAAUGCCUUGAUGAAACUGCAAAGCGAGCAAAAGAAAUCCAUGGCUUGAUGACCGAGAGUCUCGCAAAGAAAUACACAUCGUAA